AUGAAUCAUACACUUGAAUCCGAUUCAUCAACUACUGAUAAUAAUACAUGUCCAUUAACAGAUACUCAAACUUUAGUUUUAUGUCAAGAAUUUGCAUCUGUAACUAAUACUGAUAUAAAUUUAGCUAAGAUAAUAUUACAAGAAAAUCAAUGGAAUCUUGAACGUGCUGUUAGUAUUUAUUUUGAUUUAACAAUAGAUGAAUCAAAAUCAUCCAUGAAAAAAAUUGAUUCUUCUAUACCAAUUGAUAAUCAAUAUGAAAAUUCUGAAUUAAAUAUAACUAAUGUUAAAUUACGAAAUUUUAAAUUACUUUCAUGGAAUAUUGAUGGACUUGAUCAAUAUGCACUUGAAAUAAGAACACAAGGUAUAAUUGAUAUUAUUAAAAAAGAAAAACCUGAUGUUGCAUUUUUGCAAGAAGUUAUUCCAAUAUCACUUCAAUUAAUUCGAACAUUUUUACCAGAAUAUAAUUCAUAUACUGGAGAUAAUCAAGGUUAUUUUGUAGUUAUAUUAACUUAUCGAGAUAUAUUUAGAAUACAUGAUUUUGAAAUAAUUACAUAUCCUGGUACUAAUAUGAAUCGUAAUUUACUUAUUGUUCAUACUACAUAUAAAAAUUCAAUUGAAAUUGAUUUAAUGACAUCUCAUCAUGAAAGUGGUACUGACCAAAUAUCAAGUGAACAACGUAUUGAACAAUUAAAAUUAUGUUUUAAACGAAUGUUAGAUACUCCGUUACAUCGAAUUGUUCUAUUUGGUGGUGAUUUGAAUAUACGAGAAAAAGAAUUACAAAAAAUUGGUAAUAUUCCAUUUGGUAUAUGUGAUUUAUGGAUUGAAACAGGCAAACAAAAUGAAUGUGCAUAUACAUGGGAUAUGAAUAUUAAUACAAAUAAUAAUUUUUCAUUAAAUAAUUUUCAACCUCGUGCACGUUUUGAUCGUUUAUAUUUUCGAUCAAUAAUAAACAAUAAUAUAAAAUUUCAACCAUUUUUUUUUGAACUUAAAGGUCUUGAAAAACUUUCAUCUAUUCAACGUUAUUGUUCAGAUCAUUGGGCUAUUCUAGUUCAUUUUGAACUUUAA